GCUCGGACCAGGCGCCAGUCUCUCCUCCUCGUCCCCCGCGGUGGCCGCCAAGCCCCGAGCCGGCGGGAGCGCGGCGCUCAUCAUGUCGGUCGCGCUCAGCAACAGGUUCCAAGGAGGAAAGGCGUUCGGCUUGCUCAAAGCCCGGCAGGAGAGGAGGCUGGCGGAGAUCAACCGGGAGUUCCUCUGUGACCAGAAGUACAGUGAUGAAGAGAACCUGCCAGAAAAGCUCUCGGCCUUCAAAGAAAAAUACAUGGAGUUCGACCUCAACAACGAAGGCGAGAUUGACCUGAUGUCUUUAAAGAGGAUGAUGGAGAAGCUUGGGGUCCCCAAGACCCACCUGGAGAUGAAGAAGAUGAUCUCGGAGGUGACAGGUGGAGUCAGUGACACCAUCUCCUACCGAGACUUUGUGAAUAUGAUGCUGGGGAAACGGUCAGCUGUCCUCAAGCUAGUCAUGAUGUUUGAAGGAAAAGCCAACGAGAGCAGCCCCAAGCCAGUGGGCCCCCCUCCAGAGAGAGACAUCGCCAGCCUGCCCUGA